UUAAUUUCUUGCUAACAUCGAUAAAUUUCAGGCGAAAUGUAAAUUUAUCGUUUCAGCUGUCAUCGUUUGGAUGGUUUCUGUUUUCAGAAGAUACAAAUUUCAGGUGCUUUCAGGACUAAUUUUGUAGAGGAAACUCAUUGAAAAAGAUGUCUGAGGUCACGGCAAGGAUCCCGAAACCGGUGUUGCGCGGUCUGCACAACGCUUCCAUUAAGCAGAACCUGGCUGUGGCCAUGGGCCUGACUGUCAUUUCUGGACUGGCGUUCCACUUCAUGUACAUCGCUCCCAAGAAGCAGCGGUACGCUGACUUCUACAAGAACCGAGACACCAACAAAUCCUUCGAGCGGAUGAAGAAUGCCGGUUUGUUGCAAUCAGUCAAAGAUUAAAUUAUAGUACGUUUAGUUUGAUUGGAAAUAAAAACAACAGUUAAGAGCAAUCGAAUAGUAAA